AUGACCAUAAAUUCUAAAACAGAUGACGAAAAGUCAACAAUAUUCGAUCAUGCUAAUUAUCGCAAAAAAAGACAACAUACCUUUUUAUUAAAAACAAUUGCUAAAUAUCUAUUUUUAUUUGGCGUCUUUUUUUAUUUUAUUUCCGUUCCACAGAAACAUGGGGUUUUCAAUAUUUUUAAUAAUUACACUAAAUAUAGUACUGAUGCAAUUGAACGGUUAUAUUUGGAGACUUUGUCAACUAGCAAUUUUGCCGGCAAUUGGUCAAAAGUAUACACUUCUAUUCCACAUUUAGCAGGAGAAGGUUUAGAAUUGGUUAAUUUUACCCAACAAAAGUUUGAAGAAUAUGGGUUAGCAACUGAGGUGGAAACUUAUGAUGUUUAUUUCAACACGCCGGUCAGUAUUGGUACUGGAUGGAAACCUAAAAGAACGAUUGUGUUUGCUUCUUGGGAUGGUGAGGAGUUAGGGUUAUUAGGUUCAACAGAAUAUGGUGAAAAGAACAAAAAAACUCUAAAGUCUAAUUGUGUUGGUUACUUGAAUGUUGACGUUUCAGUUAGUGGUACCAAUUUGAAUGUUCAGAGUUCACCAUUUUUAAACAAGAUUAUAUUAGAGAGUUUGAAACAGGUUAAUUAUGAUGAUGAUAUGACUUUGUAUGAUCAUUAUUUUAGCAAACAUGAAAAGAUUGGUAUUUUGGGUAGUGGAUCAGAUUACACUGUAUUUUUAGAACACUUGGGUAUUCCAUCGUUAGACAUGGGAUUUACCUCUGGUGAUGAAGAUCCAGUUUAUCACUACCAUUCGAACUACGAUUCUUAUCAUUGGAUGAGUACUUUGAUGGAUCCAGGAUUUAAAUAUCACAACAAGUUGAGUCAACUAUUUGGUUUGAGUUUGCUAAAAUUGAGUGAUAGAGAGUUAUUGAAUACACAUAUUUCUGAUUACAGUGUUGAGUUGAAGGGGUAUUUUGAUGAGUUAGUUUCCAAGUUGCCUGAUUCUUGGUUAGGAUAUUCUCCAAGUGUUAGUGGUAUGAAAACAGGUGGGAGAGGAUGUAUGAAAAUGAGAAAGGAUAUGGAAGAACUAACGAAGCCAACAUUAGGUGAGUUGGUGAAUGGGACUAGUUUAGAAUUUAACAAGUUUAUUAACACUAGUAUAACUAUUGAUUCUCAAGUUGAUUCUUUGCAAACACAAUAUGAUCAUAUUGAUGAAUUACCAUUUUAUAAAAGGUUUCCUCUAGAAUGGAAGAUUUUUGGAUUCAAUCAGAAGUUACAAUAUUUUGAGAGGAUUUUCUUACACAAGAAGGGAUUGAAGGGCAGACCUUGGUUCAAACAUGUUGUUUAUGCCAGUGGUAGAGAUACUGGUUAUGAAGGGUUUGCAUUCCCAGGUUUGAAGGAAGCGUUGGAUGAUUCUAAUGUAGAAGAUUUCUACUAUUGGACUAAAGUAAUUGGUAAGAUUGGCAAGAAAUUGAAUAAGUUAGUGAAGAGCAAGGAUGGUACUUUUUGA